UUCUUCUUCUCUUCCUCUCCCACCGUCCUCCUCCCUCUCACCCUCUCUUUCUUUCUGGCUUGCUUUGCCAAUUGUCCGGUUGGAUUAGAUCGAUCUCUGUUUCUCAAUCAAGUGAGCUAAAAAAAAAAAGAGAGGGAAUAAAAUAGAAGAAAAAAAAGAAAACAGUCACAGUUCAUACUCCAUUCACCAACCGUCAGAAACCGAACAACCUCUUGUUGAAGAAAAACAACAAACCGAAUCACACUCAAACAAAAUGUCCCCUGCUAUUGUUCAAGCCGGCGCUGGCUCUGCCUCCAAGGAUGUCAAGAAGGAAUCCGCGGUCGCUCGCCUUCUGGGUUCGGGUUCCGCUGGUAUCGCCGAAUUGAUGGUCUUCCAUCCUGUUGAUACCACCGCGAAGCGUUUGAUGAGCAACCAGACUCGGAUCACCUCGGCUACCGAGUUCAAGCAGGUUGUUUUCAAGGAAUACGCCACUGCUUCUGUAGGACAGAAGUUCACCUCUCUCUUCCCCGGUCUGGGUUACGCUGCUGGUUACAAGGUGCUUCAACGGAUCUACAAGUACGGUGGUCAGCCUUUCGCUCGCGACUACUUGGCCAAGCACUACGGGACCGAGUUUGACAAUGCGUUUGGUAAGGGGACUGGCAAGGCUAUCAUGCACGCCACCGCUGGCAGUUUGAUCGGUAUCGGAGAGAUCGUCCUCCUGCCUCUGGAUGUCUUGAAGAUCAAGCGUCAGACUAACCCUGAGGCCUUCCGCGGCCGUGGUCUGUUCAAGAUCGUUGCGGAUGAGGGCUUCGGUCUCUACCGGGGAGCUGGCUGGACUGCUGCCCGUAACGCCCCCGGGUCCUUCGCGCUCUUCGGUGGCUCCGCCUUCGCCAAGGAAUACAUCUACUCCCUGCAAGACUACAACGCCGCCAGCUGGUCCCAGAACUUCGUCGCCUCGGUGUGCGGUGCCAGCGCCUCCCUGAUCGUUUCCGCUCCUCUGGAUGUGAUCAAGACCCGUAUCCAAAACCGCAACUUUGAGAACCCCGAAUCUGGAUUCCGCAUCCUGUCGAACAUGGUGAAGAACGAGGGCGCCGGCAGCUUCUUCAAGGGUCUGACGCCCAAGCUUCUGAUGACCGGACCUAAGCUCGUUUUCAGCUUCUGGCUGGCUCAGACGUUGAUUCCUGCCUUUGGCCAGGUUGUAUAAAAACAUAAUUACCAAAAAAGGAAAAACAAAAAAAAAAAAAAGGCACAUAAAAAGGAACAACCCCACAGCGGGAUUUUGGAAGCACGGGACGAUAUACAUUUGCCAGCUCGGAAAUUCCCUCUAUCACACGGUUUUUAUUUCUUUCUGUUUGACCACGGCUUCUGGCGAAUGUGAUAGAGCAAGCUUGCUGUUGAGUCAUUUUGUAUUUUCAUAGAUAAGAUUUUUGCUUCGGAAGUUAUGGGUAUGGGACAGGACUAGAA